AGGGAGCUGGGACAGUCCUGGGUCAGGCAGGGACUCUGUGAUGCUUCCCGCUCCCUCGCCUUUCUCUGCAUCUGAUCCUGGGAUGUCCUAGCCACCAUGGCUUUCCAGCUGAGCAGGAUCAUGCGGCCAGAUGAUGCCAACGUGGCCGGCAAUGUCCAUGGGGGGACCAUCCUGAAGAUGAUCGAGGAGGCGGGCGCCAUCAUCAGCACCCGGCAUUGCAACAGCCAGAACGGGGAGCGCUGUGUAGCCGCGCUGGCUCGUGUCGAGCGCACUGACUUCCUGUCUCCCAUGUGCAUCGGUGAGGUGGCGCACGUCAGCGCGGAGAUCACCUACACCUCCAAGCACUCUGUGGAGGUGCAGGUCAACGUGAUGUCCGAAAACAUCCUCACAGGUGCCAAAAAGCUGACCAAUAAGGCCACCCUGUGGUAUGUGCCCUUGUCACUGAAGAACGUGGACAAGGUCCUGGAGGUGCCUCCUGUUGUGGUAAGGUGCCCCUUCUACUUCUCUCUUGGGGGCAGAUGGCAGAGAUCAGGUCACCUCGCCUGA